UGAUGCAACCCGGUUGUGUGUUGCAUGGCUGUCUGUGGCACACAAACACAACCCACUUCCGCUGUGCUUUUCUUCCUUUCUCUUUCUAGCCGGCUGGAAGAGCUCUGCUGGGGCAUUGCAAGCUCCUGGGUUUCCCCCCUUUAUCAGAGCCUUGAAUAGAUACCAUCAUGUGUGGCAUUUGGGCUCUUUUUGGAAGUGAUGGAUGCCUCUCUGUUCAGUGUCUAUGUGCUAUGAAAAUAGCACACCGGGGCCCAGAUGCUUUUCGGUUUGAGAAUGUCAAUGGAUUCACCAACUGCUGUUUUGGCUUCCAUCGUCUGGCAAUUGUUGAUCAACUGUAUGGAAUGCAGCCUCUACGGGUGAAGAAAUUUCCCUACUUGUGGCUGUGUUACAAUGGAGAAAUCUAUAACUACAAGCAGCUGCAGAAACACUUUGGAUUUGAUUACCAGACCUUAGUUGAUGGAGAAGUAAUCCUGCACCUUUACAAUAGAGGGGGAAUCGAGCAAACAGCUUCUAUGCUUGAUGGUGUAUUUGCCUUCAUUUUGCUUGACACUGCAAACAGGAAAGUGUUUCUGGGAAGGGAUACAUAUGGAGUCCGACCACUGUUUAAGGUUCUGACUGAUGAUGGAUUCUUGGGCGUAUGUUCCGAAGCAAAAGGUCUUAUCGACUUGAAACACAACAUGUCCUUUGCUCCAAAAGUGGACCCUUUCCCUCCGGGACAUUAUGAAGUCUUGGAUUUAAAGCCAAGUGGCAAAGUUGCAUCAGUAGAAGUGGUAAAAUUUCACAGCCCUAAAGAUGAACCUUUGCAUGCUGCCUACAGUACUGUACAGAAUCUACCCUCAGGUGUUGAUGUUGCAACAGUGAAAAGCAACAUCCGGAUUUUGUUUGAAAAUGCUGUUCGAAAGCGUUUGAUGGCUCACAGAAGAAUUGGCUGUCUCUUAUCAGGUGGCUUGGAUUCCAGCUUGGUUGCUGCAAUGCUUAUCAAACUGAUGAAAGAACAGAAGAUUUCCUACCCCUUGCAGACCUUUGCUAUUGGAAUGGAAGAUAGUCCUGACCUUCUAGCUGCAAGAAAGGUAGCAGCUCACAUUGGAAGUGAACAUCACGAGGUCAUUUUUAAUUCUGAAGAAGGGAUUCAAGCCCUCGAAGAUGUUAUAUUUUCCUUGGAAACAUAUGAUAUCACCACUGUGCGGGCUUCAGUGGGUAUGUAUCUGGUCUCCAAGUACAUCAGGAAAAAAACAGACAGUGCAGUCAUUUUCUCUGGAGAAGGUUCAGAUGAGCUGACACAAGGAUAUAUCUAUUUUCAUAAGGCACCCACUGCUGAAGAAGCAGCCGAGGAAAGCAAGAGGCUUCUCAGAGAACUCUACCUGUUUGAUGUUCUCCGUGCUGACAGGACAACUGCUGCCCAUGGUCUUGAAUUGAGAGUUCCGUUUUUAGAUCACCAGUUUACUGCUUAUUAUCUUUCCUUACCAGCAGAACUCAGAAUACCAAAGAAUGGCAUUGAAAAGCAUCUCUUAAGAGAGGCCUUUGAAGAUACUAACUUAUUGCCUAAAGAAAUUCUCUGGAGACCAAAGGAAGCCUUCAGUGAUGGCUUAACGUCUAUCAAAAAAUCAUGGUUCUCAAUACUGCAAGACUACAUUGAUGUUCAGGUUGAUGAUUUCCUCUUGGAGAAGGCAGCAGAGAAAUUUCCUUUCAAUCCUCCAAAAACAAAAGAAGGUUAUUAUUACCGCCAGAUCUUUGAGAAGCACUAUCCUGGGCGUUCGGAUUGGCUCCCCCACUAUUGGAUGCCGAGAUGGAUCAAGGCCACCGAUCCAUCUGCUCGCACAUUGCAACAUUACAAGUCAGCUGCAAAGGAAUAGACACUUUUAUAGGAGGGGUAGGGGGGGUAUUUGCUUUGGGUAGGUGAAAGUUUCCAGCAAGAAUGCAAAAAACAAAAACAAAAGCAAAAAAAAAAAAAAAAAAAAAAAAAAAAAAAGCCUUAAAAAUAAAAUAAGCACAUGUAUUUAAAUUUCUUCUACAUAAAACGGGUUUGUACUUAUUUAAACAAAUGCCAAACCUGCUGAACCUGCAUUUUAGGCUAAUGUACUUCAUAUUUUCCUGCAGUAGUGGGGAAAUAUUAUGUUCUCGGGUGUUGCUCCCUCAAUUGCUCUGAUAGGAAGGAUAUUAUUCAGUCUUAUUCCUCCCUCUGCACUGGAUAGGGUGGCUUUUCAUUGUCCCCUUCAUCAUUUCCUCAGUUCUUCUCUUUAAAAAAAUCCUUCCUUUUUUCUGUGUAAAAUUUUAUUUUAGUGUACAACUAAUAAUAAAAAACUGCAUGAAAACAACAAAUGGAAAUAAAACAACAAAAUCCACAAUAACAAAAGCAAAAUAUUUCAUAGUGCCACACUCUAUCAAUUGAAGAGAGAAAAAACAGUCAAGCAGCGCUAUCAUUAUUACUAUAGGAUACAAUUAGCGGCUCUUUGGAGUUACAUAUGUUAUAUUUAGGAGCCACUGUGGCAUAGUGGUUUGAGUGUUGGACUACAGCUCUUGAGACCAGAAAUCAAUUCUCAUCUCAGCCAUGGAAUUCCCAGCUUGGCUAGACUAAAGGUCUUUGGCUGACAGUUCUAAAAACCCCUCCCUAAACUACAAAUCCCAGGAUUCCAUGAGUUGUUACCAUAACAGUUAAAGUAGAGCCAUAGCUUAGUGUGAAAGGUGCCUGAUUGCUGUAAUCACAGUGAGUAUAUUUUUGAACUCCCCAAGGUUUCCCAAACCUUUUAUUUUCUAUCACUCCAGGGGCAUGACAAAAAAUGAGAUCUUCAGCAAAGUAUGUAGAAUCCCAUCCAUUUCAGUGGGAAAGUUUUAUGCUUUCCUUAGUUAAUUACCUAGAUAACUUCUACAUAGCAAAUGUAUGUGUUUUUUUUUAAAUGGCAACAAAAUAAAAUGAAUAUUUAUUACACAGAAAUGUGCAUAGAAAUAAUAUAAUCAAACUGCAAGAUAGAGAAAUUCUAUUAUUAAUGUAGAAGGCAGCUGAGCUUCAGAGUAUAUUGCUAUUAAAGUAUCAGGGAGGGGAAUACCAUUUUCAUAAUGAUUGUGUUUGUUCUUUUAGAUUCAAGUGUUUUGCUGCUGGAGAGAUGGAGGAGCAAAAACAAAAGAGUCUAGUGGCACUUUAAAGAAUAACAAGUUUUAGUUUGCAUACGUUUUCAAUGACUACAUACCACUUCUUCAGAUACACAUCUGAUGUAUUCUGGAGUCCAUAAAUACUUAAGCCAGGUAAACAUUUCAGGUGCCACAAGGCCUUUUGUUGUUUUUGCUAUUGAGAACCAAUAUAUCUUUUUGCAGCCACAUGGUGGCACCAUAGAACUUUCACAUAU